UAUAUUCCUAAUCUGUCAAACAAAACAUUUACAAGUAGAAAUCGUAAAUUUUGCGCAUCUUUUUGUAAUUUAUAAGAUAAACUUGAAUGGGAAAUUCAUUUAACAAUGAACAAGUUCGUUGGAUUUUCCUUAACACUCGUUAUAGUUGCGGUAUUUGUCUCAAAAGUGGUUGGAUUAGAAUGCUACGUAUGUGAAAAUCAAGAAGACAACAAUGAAAAGUGUGUGAAAACAAUAAAAACCUGUGAAUAUAAUCAAGAUGUUUGUCUGACUGAAAUCAAAUGGGGCAGUACUCCAUACUGGUCUCAGGGGGCUAAGAAACAGUAUUAUGUGUCGAAGAGAUGUUCCAACAAGACGGAGUGUGCGGCCACGCGGCAGCGCUACAUGCCCGUGUGCACCCACAUCUGGUACCUGGACUGGGUCUGCUCCGACUGUUGUCAAGGAGACAGGUGCAACUACUAUAUCAUUAAUGGCAGUAUGAACAUCAAGCCAACUGUUGGCAUACUGGGUAUCUCUAUUCUAUUGCUUUUAUUGAAAUAACCUUAGCCAGGUUUUCUGUUAUAUUAUAACUGAUCAAAAACUGUUACAUGAAGUGCCUUUUCUGUGUUAAUUGUAAUACGAUUCCGUCCCAUAAAUAUGAUUUUACAUAAUAAUAUUUAUUUACAAUACUGACUGAUUUAGAAAUAAUGAAUUGAAUCUCUCUGUUUUGUAAUUGUACAAGGCAUAUAUUUUAUGCAUUUUUAAUUUUUUAUAAUAAGUCUUUUAAAUUUGACUAUACAAUAUUCUAAGAAUACUAUAUUCUUCUUGUACAUACAUAACAUAUAACUAUUAUGUGUAUUCAUAAAGUACAGACCACACCGCCAGCCUACUAGCUUGCAAACCUAGAUGUAAGAUGCAAAAUGAUGUUCACCUGCCUAGCUUGCUAGCUGGCGGUAUAGCCUGAUUCUCAUUGUCAGAAAUUCAUUUUUUCAUGUAUAAAUUAUACAAGUGAAACAUAUUUUAUUUUUCUUGAAUUAUUUUAUUUAUACUCACAAUUUUUGUAUUAUGUAUAUCUUUGGAUUUUGUUGUUUCAAGAAUUCAACAUCCUUGAUUAAAACCAUAAUAGAUAAUUAUGAAUGUAUACAUUUAUAAAUACCUACUGUAAAGUAAAGUUUAUCAGUAUACUCAAUAAAAGUAACUACCUACCUUCCUACUUAAAUCUAUGCUGUUUACUGACCAUAUAAAUUUUUUUCUUAAUUUUGUGACAGUGUAUGAUGAAUUAUUUUGUACUAUGUAUGUAAGUGAGUAAGUGACACAUUAAUGUUUUUGAAAUAAAAUUUAAAAUCAUGUAAGUA